AUGCCCGGCGCACAAUACUACGAUGGUAAGAAGCUGAAUAUCCCGAUAUCUACGGAAGCUGGAAUGGAACUGUACGAGCGCUGGAUACAUCAAGGGAUCAGUAGUGUUAUGUCUGCCAUUGCUAAGCAGCGUGCUGAAAAUUUGAACGAAUAUGAGAGGAGUCGCUUGUACAGAUGCUCCAAGAUCGCUGAAGAUAUCUAUCAACAUGCUAAGUGCGUCAUCAGAGUGAUCGACGUCGAUUCACGACGAACGCACAUCGGAAAACGUUAG